CGUGGACCGUUAAGGCGUUAAACAAACAGAGAGGAAAAGGCGAAGAGCGAGUGCUUCCGCGACAGGGAAAGGGAAAAUAUGGGGGCGGAGGAAGAGCAGAAGGAAUCCGGAACAUUGGAAUCACGGCCAAGGACCCAGCCGAUGACAGAGGCCCAGUUUCUCUCAUGGAAGCGCCAGAAGGAUGCUGAUGUGGCAUCUAGAAGAGAAGCAGCAGCUAGGAAACGUGCAGAAGAUAUAGCUGCAGGAACAGUGCAAAUGAAUGGGCGAGAACUAUUCUUGCAUGAACCUUGGGUUUUCGAUAAUGAUUGCUAUUGAGGUGAUGGGCAAUUUAUUGAAGAAGAGAAAAGUCCAGAAUAAUUGGCAGCUCUCUAAAACUGCUAAACUAAUGCAUGAGAGACAUCUGCACUGAAGUAUACUGGAAAGACAUGAUAUGAGUCGAGAGUUUCAUGUAUCACUAUAUACUGGUCAAGUUACGGUUUCCUUGUUCUUCAUUUUCUUAAUAACUUUGGAUGUUGAGCUCUUUGUACAUGUCCAAGCAUUCUACUUUGUCCAUUUUAUGUACGUAAUUGUGAAUCUCAUUUCAGUUGAUUUCACAGUGGUUCUUAUCUAUUCCGUUACCCAUUAAACAUGGUUUAUUAGUCAGAGAAAGAAGCAAUUGAAACCUGAUCUACAAGGACUUGUAAACUUUAGUUAAAGAAAUGUAUAAAUUUUGAUUUUGGUUUA